GAAACAGUCACAAGCUGUUCAUCAGAGGGGGUAAUGAUCAUGCUUUAAGGAUCUUUCGUUUUCUUUGGAUUUUCCUGCCAUGUAUCAUGUUUCCCCAGACAUGAAGCAAAUAGUUGUACUGCUAUCAGGAUUGUUGGUCGUCGUAUCAUCUUGUCCUGAUGGGAGGUUCAACUGCACAUCUGGAGAAUGUCUUCCUGCCAGACUCGUCUGUAAUUUUGAAAAGGACUGUGAAGAUGGAUCAGACGAGGAGUUUUGUGGGUCCUGUGACUUUGAGCAUCACCCCUGUGGUUGGGUCGACAGCAGCAGUAGUGACUCUUUUCGCUGGAGACGGCAGAUGGCAAACAUCACCUCAGUACCUGGACUGGACCAUAGCGCAGGAAAUGCUUUUGGACAUGUCAUGCAUGUAGCUGGCACAGAAGACUGGGUUUUUUCUUUGGCUAAUUUGGAUUAUUUUGUUGACAACCUGGCAGCUCUGGGAUGCCAGAUUAGCUUCUGGUACUACCUACACAAUAGUUCAUCAUCAUCAUCCUCCUCAUCAUCCCUCACACUCAACAUGAUCCGAGGCAUGGCUGACCAAGAGUUGCUGCACAUUUCUAAAAGUAGGACAGACAGUUGGAAGAAUGCUACAGCUUUCAUCGGAAAUCAGCCAGGAGGAUACAUGUUGAGGUUUUCAUUCAAACCUGUUGUAGCCAUCGGCGUGAUGAUGGAUGAUAUCAUGUUUGAGAACUGUGCCGAGGGAGACGUCCCUGCAGGAUCAGACCAACUCUCUUGUGAUUUUGAAGAGGACACCUGCUCAUGGUACCACGACCACACUGCCAGCCUCUGUGGAAACGGACUAAUGGGAAAUACAGUGAACUAACCGGGAAGGGUUAUUAUAUGGUCAUAACUGCUCAAUACAACCUGAACAUCUCAUCAGCAGCCAGACUCAUCAGCUUCCCUCGACCUGAAGGUCAAGUGACAUGUGUGAGCUUCCGGUACCACAUAUUUGGCAACAGCAUCGGU